AUGGCGAACGACGGCCGCUGCUACACCCCGGACAUCGUGCGCAACGUGCUCUGCGGCUGCGACGCCCAGCCCACCUUCCACCUGCUCGGCAACUACGAGUGCCGCUGCACCACGCCCAGGUACGCGGCCGCUCGACGCCACGCUAUCGACCGAGCAGUAAAUCGACAUAAGGUGUGGGUGGCGGAGGCCGCGGGCUGCUUCCCGCUGCUGAAGCGCGGGCCGUGCGCGGCGGACGAGGUGGUGGUGCUGACGAAGCAGCAGUGGACGGCCGGCCCCGCCGUGUGCCGCCAGGAGCGCGGCGACUGCCCGCCGGGCCGCCUGCGCAUGGGCUUCGACGGCGAGUGCCACUCCGAGCGCGAGAUGAAGCUCGCGGCGCCCGGGCGCCUCGCCUUGAACAUCCUCGGCGAGUACGACGUGCUCGGCUACAACCAGGUGCUCCGCUUCACGCCCAAGCUGCACGGCAACGCCUGCGCCUUCGACAGAAUGGGCAUGGACGGGUCGCCGCCCUACAGGGCCUACCCCAAGCCCGUCUGCACGGGCAGCGAGCCCCAGUGUGCCUUGUACGAGACGAUUUCUGUGCCCCCAAGCCCGGAGUAACACGGGUAAUAUUGUUUUCUGUUUGUGACGUGAGGGGGCUCAGACGACCCCUACAAGUUAAAUUGACUAAUUUGUGUGACAGUGUUCUUUUCUUAUAAAUAGAAUGAACUGUUUCGCCUUAAUACAUCAUAUAACUUAUUUUCUAUCCUGGAAUUAAGUCUAAUACGAUAAGUUUGCAGUAACUGCUUCAGUUAUUAAACAUUUCCUAAAUAAAUAAAAUGACAUUUUUUUCAAAUCUAAUUAAGAAAAUCGAACACCCAUUGUUUCUAACAAUCUAAUUUCUCUUUUACAACUAUCUUACCUUUAUUGUUAAUAGAUUUUUUAAGUAAACUUUGUAAAGAAAACAAACAACUUGCGGUAAAGAGGCUUUAAAUUAAUAUUUAUGUCUGUCAACUGAAAACUAGAGAUAACUAUCGCUUUCUCUGGCAAAUUAUUUUUGGACAUUUUCGGGGAGUACGACGUGUUGGGUAAACCCUGGAGUUAUUGUUUACGUCUAACAUGUACGAGAACGCAGAAUCGUUUGAGACAAAUAGCAGGGAUGGGUUGCCAAUGUAGAGUACUGAACCCAAGCCCUUUUUCACGGGAACGGAGCAACAGAGUGCUUUUUGUGACACUAUUGCUGUUCCGCCGAAUCACGAGGAAAAGGAUUAAUAUUGUUUCUUCUCUCAGUUUGAUACACACAACACAGACUUCCUUAUUAAAAUGGGUAAUGUCAGUGUACGUCUUUCUCAGAAACGUGGGAUGAAAAUGUUCUUUAAUACACGACAUUUUAUCAUCUCUGAAAGUAUUUUGAUAUAGUGAAUUUGCAGUUUCGACGUUGUUAAAAACAUAUUUGGUACGUUCUUCAUAUAACAUUUUUCCACAUCGAAUUCAGAUAGUAAAUUAUACCAAAUUGUUGCCAGCUAUCUAGUGAAGAACUCCUGUUUCAUAAAUAUUUCGUAGUUUUUAAUAAAGUGUUCACGUUGUGAAGAUAAAUAACAACCAAUGGUAAAAGUAUUUAAAUUUAUAUUUAUUUUUGUCAACUGCCAACAUACCGUAUUUAAAUCUCAGACAAAUGCAUUUUUGCAUCAUUAUGCAAAAGCACAAUAAAAAUAUUCAACAAAGACGUAUUAACAACAACUUUUUAAUUCGCUGGGGAGCUGCAGUGUUUGUUUCAUGAAACAUAAAUAACUCCAGAAAAACUGUGGAUUAACGCAAUUUCUUUCAAAAUUCAUAUUUAUUUAACCAAUAAAAACGUUUCCACUAAUCACCAACAUAUAAUCUCUUUCACUUAUUUCAUUGCAUUGAUAAUAAUUAUAUGUUUUUUUCCAAAAUAGAGUGCAAUAUUCAUAAAAUCAUACGUUGGAUUUUUUGUUGUUAUUGUUUAUUGCAUCAACCGCAGAGUAACUGGAUUAGCAAUGUUUCUCUUCAUCUAUACUUAUUUCUGAGAAAUAAAAAGAUGUUUACUAUUUAAAUCUCUGUACUUUUUUAUUUCUAUGAACUUAGAAACUGUUCUAACAUUUGAAUCUCACCAAAAUAAGGUUCGCAAUCAUCAACUUGACGAUAUUUUAUUUUGAAGUUUUUCUGUCUAUAUUAUCGUCGGCUAUGUGUUCUUGCUGGAAGUAGUAAAAAUGUAAGUGAGUACUAUUAUCUUGUGUGAGAAAAUUAGCUACAAAGUUACUCUAAAGGAUUCUUAAUAAAUGUUUUUGAGUUUUUAUUAUUUGAAGAACUAAAUAUUCAAAACAAUUCAUAGUAAGAUCUAACCAAGGCUAUCAUAAUGUGGUCACAUGAUCUAAAUAACUGUAUAUGAAUGAAAAACAAAAAAGAUUAAAGGACUGACACGAUGAUGAAGGUUGUUAUUUCGGAAAUUAUACAAUAAAAUUGACUGAAAGUUCCCACUCAGAAAUUUUUUAAAUGAAGUGUGGAAUAGAACUUAUAUAUUGUAUGUCAGUUCUUAAGAACUAAAGAGCAUUCCUGUUGUUAUGAUGGUCCUUAAAUUCUACGAUUAUCAAACACACAUUGCUCUUUCUAAAUUUCUGGUAUUUCUGUUGAUGAAGAGAUAAUAUUUAAGUUUGUAUAUACUUCUAUAAAAUAAGUUUGUUAAUAAUUGAAUCUCUCUAAAGAAUGCUUACAUACAAAUGUAUUUUGUUUUAUUGUUUUAAUUACAAUACAAAUAUUUCAUUAGUCAAUGUUAAAUCUAGAAUAACAUGAAGUAUAGUUUAAUAAUUUAUUUGUAUAGUUGCAUAAUAAAUU